AUGGGUGGAUUUUGCGAGGAGAAAAUGAUGAUUUUGGAUCUCUCGGACAAUGAAAUUGAGAAACGUAGAAAAUAUCGUGAACGUGUUAUGUUCUGGAUUUUAAUGUGGACUUCGUUUUUGGGCUAUGUGAUGUUUUCUAUGCCUGGUCCCCUUUUACCCUUAGAGGCUGGAAAGAAAGGCACCUCCCAAACUACUGUUGGUUUUAUAUUUAGUUGUUUUGAGUUCGUCAUCUUUGUUACCUCUCCUAUUUUUGGAUAUUUUUUAACAAAAAUAGGACCCAAGUUUUUGUUUGUUUCUGGUAUUUUUAUAUGUGGUUGCUGCUCUGUUUUAUUUGGAGUACUAGACAAAUGUCCACCAGGAAAUAUAUUCAUUGUUAUGUGCUUCUUGUGUCGAACGGUUGAAGCUCUUGGAUGCUCUAUGUUUGUCACUGCCAGUUUUGCUAUAAUUGCCUACGAAUUUCCAAACAGUGUAGCCACAGUCUUUGGCACUUUAGAGACCUUUAGUGGUCUGGGCUUAAUGUUGGGACCACCAAUCGGAGGAGCUUUAUAUGAGCUUGGUGGUUAUGGGUUGCCAUUCUGGGUAAUGGGUAGUGUGUUAAUUUUAUGUGGUCUAGUUUCAUUUUGCUUGAUGCCUGAAGAAGAUGAAACUCGACCUCCCUUCAAAGGAUCCCUUCUAUCAAUAUUACGCAGUCCAUUAGUUAUGGUGGUGUGUUUCACUAUAUUCUGUGGCUCAUUUUCUCUAGGAUUUUUAGAUCCAACAUUAGCAUCACAUUUAGAAAAAUUUAAUUUGAGUACAUUUGAAGUAGGGUUGAUAUUUCUUUGUGCUCCUGGAGUGUACGGGUUGACAGCACCAAUAUUUGGCUAUCUUGGAGAUUCCACGGGUUGGGUAGGAGGUAUGAUGGCAGUCGGUUGUGCCACAUCAGGUGUGAUGUUCCUCUUCCUGGGUCCAGCUCCCUUCCUACCAUUCCUGCCAUAUACUCUAUGGUUAAUCAUUGUUACAUUACUUGUAUUUGGAGCCACAGUAGGAGUGGCACUUAUAACAACAUUUAAAGGCAUUUUAAAUGGGGCAAAGCAGUUGGGUUUUGAGGAAAAUUUAGAUACUUUUGGUUUAGUGAGUGGUUUGUUUAAUUCAACAUUUUCUUUAGGGGCAUUUGUGGGUCCAUCUUUAGGUGGUGUAAUAGCAGAUCGUUAUGGUUUUGACUGGGCUUCAGCGUCCUGUGGAUUCCUGUAUAUAGUAGCUGUUUUUGUUAAACUGAGAAACCUAAAACUUUUUACCAAAUUGAUUUAUGAAGAGAAUCAGGUUUUUGUUAGACUGAGAAACCUAAAACUUUUUACCAAAUUGAUUUAUGAAGAGAAUCAGGUUUUUGUUAGACUGAGAAACCUAAAACUUUUUACCAAAUUGAUUUAUGAAGAGAAUCAGGUUUUUGUUAGACUGAGAAACCUAAAACUUUUUACCAAAUUGAUUUAUGAAGAGAAUCAGGUUUUUGUUAGACUGAGAAACCUAAAACUUUUUAUCAAAUUGAUUUAUGGAGAGAAGUUUUUGUUAAACAUUGAGUAUAAAAGUAAAAUGGUUCUCACUGGCUAA